UCCUCUUUCUCUCACACACAUGACAUGACGACAUGAUCAUCUGGGAUUUUCAUUAACCUUCGUGAAUUUAGGAGCACUGUUCUUCUUCAUCUCCGGUCUUCUUCCAUUCCCCCCUUCAAUUUCCUUUCUCUUUUCAUUUCAUUUCUUUUCUUUUCUUUUCUUCUCUCCCCCCCUCUCUCUCUCUACGGGGGAGCGGGCUGAGGGCCUGGGAAUCUCACCGCUAAACGUAGAAACACCUCCGCAGGUUCGUCAGAUGGAAGGAGGUUUCUUGGAAAAAAAGUAGAGAGAGAAAGACACAAACACACAGACAGAAGGUGGAGAGAGAGAGAGAGAGAGAGAGAGAGAGAGAAGAAGGCAUCAAAGGAAGCUUUGGAGGUUCUUGCACGGCACAGAAACCUAGAUCCCUUCUCCAAAUCUCCUUUCUCCCUUGCCUUAUGCCGUAAUCCAUUCGAUUUCUCUCUCUUUCCCAUUCAAUCCUUUAAAUUCCAUCUCUCUCCAUUUCGUCGCCGGAAAUUAUCUCUUGAUCUCUCAUGGCGUUUCUAGUUUGAUAAAGGGAUUUCCCAAGUUGGCUGGUUGAGUUGAAUCGUGCCUUCCCUGUUUAAAUCAUAAAGAAGCAAAUUUGUGUCUUUGUAGCCUUUUAGGGUUAAGCAUGCCAUCUGAACUUAUGGACUCACAUGGUUUAUCGCCAUCUUCAUUCUUAUCUGAGGAAGUGCAACUUCCUAAUGAGAGACAAAUUGGGUUCUGGAAGACAGAUGGUAUGCCUGACGACUAUGGACCAAAAGAUGGCAAAGUAUAUGCACUUGGGGACAGUUCGCUUGCAUCAUUGCCCCUGGAGAAACAGACGUCAUCUGAACCUCACAUGUUGAAGCGCUUUGAUGUCCCUAAUGUUUACCUGAACCAAGACCAUAAAGUUCAUAUUAGCUUAGAGAAUAACUCUGUAGGAGCAGGGAGAACAAUUGGCCAUUCUAUUCGGAGACCUCUUGAUAAUGAUAGAGGAAACAGAGUUAAUGUGAAUAUGGAUCAUAAAUCAUAUCUUACGUCAGGGAACAAGUUUAAUGUGAUGGGUGAUCACUACGAGAAUGGCCUCUUUUCAAGUUCAUUAUCAGAGCUUUUCAGUAGAAAAUUGAGAUUAUCAGCAAAUAAUAGCAUGUAUGGUCAUUCUGUUGGUGCUGCGGCAUCCCACUAUGAAGAAGAGGAGCCAUUUGAAUCCCUUGAAGAGAUUGAGGCCCAAACUAUUGGGAAUCUUCUCCCAGAUGAUGAUGAUUUGCUUUCUGGAGUGACUGAUGGGCUUGACUGUAAGGUGCAACCAGGCAGUGGAGAUGAUGUGGAAGAAUUGGAUUUCUUUAGUAGUGUCGGAGGGAUGGAGUUAGGAGAAGAUGGUGGACAAAGAAAUUAUGAAAUUUCUGGAGGAAGUUCUGCUAGUCAGCUGGGGCCAUCUAGUGGUGCCAUGGGUGAACACCCUCAUGGGGAACACCCAUCAAGAACACUUUUCGUCAGAAAUAUCAACAGCAACGUGGAAGAUUCUGAGUUACGGAUCUUGUUCGAGCAAUAUGGAGAUAUCCGCACUCUCUACACAGCCUGCAAGCAUCGUGGCUUUGUGAUGAUAUCAUACUAUGAUAUAAGAGCAGCCCGAAGUGCCAUGCAAGCUCUUCAGAACAAACCAUUGAGGCGUAGAAAGCUUGACAUUCAUUACUCAAUUCCAAAGGACAACCCUUCAGACAAAGAUAUCAAUCGAGGCACCGUUGUGAUAUUUAACCUCGAUUCCACUGUUUCUAAUGAUGAACUUCAUCAUAUUUUUGGCGUCUAUGGUGAGGUUAAGGAGAUCCGUGAAGCUCCACAAGGAAGUCGUCACAAGUCCAUAGAGUUUUAUGAUAUUAGAGCUGCAGAAGCUGCUUUGCAUGAAUUAAACAAGAGUGACAUUGGAGGAAAACAAUUGAGGCUUGAACCUAGCCAGCCUGGUGGUUCUAAACGCGUAAACAGUCCAUUCCCAGAGCUGGAUCUUGAUGAAACUAGUGCCUUGUUGCAAAUGUUUAGCCCUCCUGAUUUUAGAACAGAAAUUUCUGGACCAGUUUCACAUGUUCGAGUUACACCUGGUUGCCUGGACAACGAAACUCUCUUGGGUCUUCAUUCUGGAACUGCACCCCCUGCCACUCAACUGUUAGACACUGAAAUCCAACAUGGCAUCCCAUCUAGCGUCUCUAAAAGUUUUUCCUCUAUUAUUGGAGUGGAAUCCGGUGGCAUGCCAUCCAGUUUGUUGGAGUCUGCUCAGUUACAGAACCAACUGAAAUAUGAUUUCAGGAGCACAUCAAAUUACCACCCUCAUUCACUUCCAGAGUAUCAAGAUGGCUUAACCAAUAGCAUCCUAUGCAAUUCUCCUAGCAGCAUGGCUGCAAGUUUAAAUUGCAGAAUGUCUGAAAGGGCUGGAAAUAGGCAGUUUAACAGAAUUGGUGGCUCAAUUGGACGCUCACUUGAACUUAAUGACAGUGUAUUUGGCCUCUCUGCAAAUGCAAGUUGUCCCCCUGCCACUCACCAUUACAUGUGGAAUCCUUCUCAUCAGCCGCAGCCCCAUAACAUGAUGUGGCCCAAUUCACCGUCAUUAAUCAAUGGAGUUGGUAAUGCUCACAGUGCUCCCCUAGUGCAUGCUCUUCCUAGAGCACCGGCUCAUGUGGCAAACACUUUUCUGCACAUUAACAACCAGCAUGUGGGAUCAGCACCAUCUGUCAAUCCUUCCAUUUGGGAUAGACGACACUCUUAUGCAGGGGAAUCCCCUGACGCAUCAGUUUUCCAUCCAGGUUCUCUCGGGAAUAUGAGGGUCCCGGGUAACUCACUGCAUCCUCUGGAUUUUGUUUCUCAUAAUAUCUUUCCUCGUAUGGGGGGAAACUCUAUGGACCUGCCAAUUCCAUCGAAAAACAUUGGAUUAGCUUCCCAUCAUCAGAAUAAUGUAAUGUUUCCUAGUAGAGGACAAAUGAUUCCUAUGAUGAGUUCAUUUGAUUCUGCUAGUGACCGGGCUAGAAGUCGUAGAAAUGAAGGAAGUUCAAAUCAAGCUGACAACAAGAAACAAUUUGAACUCGAUCUGGACCGUAUAAUGCGAGGGGAAGACAGAAGAACGACUCUAAUGAUCAAGAACAUCCCUAACAAGUACACUUCUAAAAUGCUGUUGGCUGCAAUUGAUGAACGCCAUCGAGGAACAUAUGAUUUUAUCUACUUACCCAUAGAUUUCAAGAACAAAUGCAACGUGGGUUAUGCAUUCAUCAACAUGACUGAUCCUUCCCUUAUUAUUCCGUUCUACCAGGCAUUUAAUGGGAAGAAGUGGGAGAAGUUCAACAGUGAGAAGGUAGCAUCCCUUGCAUAUGCUCGCAUUCAGGGAAAAGCUGCACUGAUUGCCCACUUUCAGAAUUCAAGUUUGAUGAAUGAAGAUAAACGCUGCCGGCCCAUUCUUUUCCACACGGAUGGUCCAAAUGCAGGUGAUCAGGUGCCUUUUCCAAUGGGUGUUAAUGUUCGCUCAAGAGUGAACAAAAAUCGAAACAGCACAAAUGAGGAAAGCUCACAAGAUGUGGGAAAUGGUGAGGUGUCUUCAAAUGGGGACUCAUCGUCAGGUUCCACCAAGGAUUUUGAGUGAGAAAGGCCUGCUGCUCCUUUUUGUCAUGCUAACCUUCUAGAUAACAGGUAAUUAAUUGAAGGAAGCCCACCUCAAAUUUUCUAAUGUACAUUGAGCCGGGGUGGGCUGAGGGAAGAGAGCAGGUUAACAUUGAAAUUUCUGUAAUUGUCUUGUGGAGAAAUCAAAAGAAAGAAAGAAAGAGCAACAGGUGAGGGGAGCUUCUAAAUUUUGGAUUGUUUCUAGAUUUUGAUGAAUUAAGGAUUGAGGAGAC